AUUGCCCGUAUGAACCAUUUCGUCAAGAGUAAGUUUCAUUCUCUUUGAAUUGCUUUGUAGAAGAGAUGUGGGUCUUAUCCUGCGCCAUCCCUUCUGCUUAUCCUCUACGCCUCCCAAUGGCUUCAUUAUUCACAUCAACUACUGUUCGUUCAAGCUCUCUACUCUCUGUUCCAACUCUUGACCACCCUUUUGUUCCUGAGGUUGUGAAGGCUCUGGAUUCCUUGUAUCCUGAGUUCAGAGCUGUUGAUAAUUUGGUGGCUUGCAACACCUCCCGUGUUCUGAAAGCUUUUCAGAAUGCUAGGGUUGGAUCUCAUCACUUUGGUGGAAGCACUGGCUACGGUCAUGAUGAAGCUGGGGGACGUGAAGCACUUGAUCAAGUUUUUGCAGAAAUUGUAGGAGCUGAAUCUGCAAUUGUUAGGUCACAGUUUUUUUCAGGUACCCAUGCAAUCACUUGUGCUUUGUUUGCUUUCUUAAGGCCAGGAGAUGAGCUGUUGGCAGUUGCUGGUGCUCCAUAUGAUACCUUAGAGGAAGUUAUUGGAAAGAGGGACUCUCAUGGGAUGGGUUCUAUUAAAGAUUUUGGAAUUGAGUAUCGAGAAGUUCCUCUUGCUGAAGAUGGGUCUCUUGACUGGGAUGCACUUAGGAGUGCUUUGAGACCUCAUACAAAAUGUGCACUGAUACAAAGAUCAUGUGGUUAUUCAUGGCGACAGAGUUUAAGUGUAGAUGAGAUAGGGAAGGCCAUAAAGAUUAUAAAGAUGCAGAAUCCUAACUGCUUGGUCAUGGUGGAUAAUUGCUAUGGUGAAUUUGUUGAAAUGAUUGAACCUCCAAUGGUGGGUUCAGAUUUGAUUGCAGGCAGUUUGAUAAAAAAUCCUGGUGGAACUAUUGCACCAUGUGGUGGAUAUGUUGCUGGGAGGAGAAAAUGGGUAGAAGCUGCAGCAGCUCGUCUCUCUGCACCAGGACUAGGAAUUGAUUGUGGUUCAACCCCUGGUGAUAUUAUGCGAGCUUUUUUCCAGGGUUUGUUCCUUUCGCCUCAAAUGGUUGGUGAGGCAAUCAAGGGAACCCUUCUGAUAGCUGAAGUCAUGGCAUCUAAAGGUUAUAAGGUGCAGCCACUUCCUCGUGUUCCUCGUCAUGAUACAGUGCAGGCAGUACAGCUAGGAAGCCGUGAGCACCUUCUUGCCUUCUGUGAGGCUGUACAGAGAAGCUCCCCAGUAGGUUCAUUCACUAAACCUAUUGCUGGUACAACUCCUGGAUAUGCAUCUGAGGUAAUAUUUGCUGAUGGAACCUUCAUUGAUGGGAGUACAAGUGAGCUCUCAUGUGAUGGACCACUUCGAGAACCUUUUGCUGUGUUUUGCCAGGGUGGCACCCAUUGGACUCAGUGGGGACUUGUUCUAGGAGAGAUUUUGAAAACCAUAUAAUCCAUUACAGAUUUUGGUUUAUAAGGAGACACAAGGUGUUGCAGUUAUAUAUAUAAAAAAAUGUUUCCAAAGACAUAAUCAUGUUCUACUAAUCACUAUGGAAUUCAGAAUAACCAUACAGUAUCAGUAGUUUCAAUCCUUGCCAGAAUUAUUUGAAAAACACUGAAGAAGGCACUAAAAACUUUCUUUCAAGGAGGGGAGAUUGUCUGAGUUUCAGCCGAUUUUGAUCGAGUGACUACUUGGUCAUGUUUCAGGAAGGUUCAUUACUCGUCUUUUGGGAUGGCUGCUACUUGAAUUCGCAAGUAAGGAAGUUUCGGAUGCUGCAUCUGAGCAGAGAUUUAUGCUCCUGUGAUUUUUUGAAAUACUAUUGUGUUUUAGUAGUGAUUGUAUUUUCACUAUUUUAUUUUACAACAUUUUUUAAUCCUGCUAAUUUGAUGCUUAUUUUGUAAUUUUGAACCAACUUUCCAUGAAAAGUAAGGCGCUUUCUUGUUUUUCCA